UGAUAGUGUUGCAAGAAGCUAAGGAUUGGGUUCAAGAAGCGCCAGGAUCACGUGAAAGCAGGGAAUCGUUGAAACAUAGGUGCCGGAAGACCGAUGGGCAAGAAGAACAAAAAUGGUCCCCAAUCGCAAACACUGAGCAUCCCAAACAAAGAACUCAUCCAGCGCAUGAGCUUUUUGUAUCAAUCUACCGUGUACCUCGGUGCACUGUCUAAUGCGACACCCCCUACAUCCCCUUCGAAAAGACGAUCUUUUUCGAAUCUGGCAAGAAACCAGGCCAGCAUUCUCCGGAGCAUUGGAGCCAAGGCACAAAUCAGGAUGGAUCCAGCCGUCAAGAGAUCAAUGUGUAAAUCUUGUAACAGUAUCCUGAUCCCGGGUAGUACUUGUUCCACACGUAUCAAGAGUUCUCCCAUACAUGGGAAUCGACGAACCACCACAUGUCUCAAUUGUCAUACUUCCCGGUCAAUUCCAUCUCCCCCCGAACCGAGGGAUGGAAAAGAAACUGCUUCUAGUCUGAUCGGACACUCAGAAAUGCUUAAGGAGCCCAUCGUGACCGAUGCGGUAUCAGACGACGAAUUAGAGAGGUGUCGUCAGAAGCUGGAGCGUCGAAAAAGGCCGACUUCCAAGAGACCGAUCCUCAGCGAGAGAGAUGUUGGCCACAUCCGCCUUCGUGGGAACGAGGUCAUCCCAUGACACCCCUUACCAUUGGCACUCCAUUGGUGAAAUGGCGCGGUUUACUUUGCACUUGGUGUC